AUGGCCAACGAGGACCACAAGCGCGAAGAUGACGCGCUCGAUAGGCAAGGCGAGGACGAGGACUUGGGCGAUGAGGAGGAAAUUGCGGCGAUGAAGAAGCGCGUCGAGGAGAUGGAAGCAGAAGCUGCGAAGCUGCGCGAGAUGCAGGCGUCUGUCGACGCGCAGACUGAUAACUUGCGCGAGUCAAAAGAGGACAUUGACAGCCGAAGCAUCUUCGUGGGCAACGUGGACUAUGGCGCAAGCCCUGAAGAAAUUCAGGCGCAUUUCCAGAGCUGCGGCAGUAUCAAUCGCGUGACGAUUCUGCUUGACAAGUUCACAGGCCAUCCAAAGGGCUACGCCUACGUCGAGUUCUCCGAGCCGAACCUGGUCACGCAGGCCCUCGUCCUCAACGAGAGCGUGUUCCGAGGGCGCAACAUCAAGGUCGUUCCAAAGCGUACCAACCUCCCAGGUAUGACCAGAGGAGGCCGAGGCGGCGGCGGCGGCGGUGGCGCACCACGCGGUCGUGGUCGCGGCGGGUUCGGUGGUCCUGGCUACGGCGGUGGUCGCGGAGGCUAU